CGCCCGACGUGGACGCGGCCGCCGCCACCGCAGCCGCGCGGGAGUCGCCGUCCGCGGAGCCGAUAUGCAGGCGGCUCAGGGCGGCGCAGGGCGGCCGGGGCGGCCGGGCCGGCCGGGCCGGGGGCCGGAGCGCGAGCGCGAGCGGCCGCCGGGCGCCGAAGCCGCGUCCCCCUGCGCCGCCCCGGGCCUGCCGGCCGGAGGAGCCACCAUGCACCCCGGGUCGCCGAGCGCCUGGCCGCCCCGCGCCCACGCCGCGCUCCGCCUGUGGCUGGGCUGCGUCUGCUUCGCGCUGGUGCAGGCGGACAGUCCCUCAGCCCCAGUGAACGUCACCGUCAGGCACCUCAAGGCCAACUCUGCAGUGGUGAGCUGGGAUGUUCUGGAGGAUGAGGUUGUCAUCGGAUUUGCCAUCUCCCAGCAGAAGAAGGAUGUGCGGAUGCUGCGCUUCAUCCAGGAGGUGAACACCACCACCCGCUCGUGUGCCCUCUGGGACCUGGAGGAGGAUACGGAGUACAUAGUCCACGUGCAGGCCAUCUCCAUUCAGGGCCAGAGCCCAGCCAGUGAGCCUGUGCUCUUCAAGACCCCGCGUGAGGCUGAGAAGAUGGCCUCCAAGAACAAAGAUGAGGUAACCAUGAAAGAGAUGGGGAGGAACCAACAGCUGAGGACAGGCGAGGUGCUGAUCAUCGUCGUGGUCCUGUUCAUGUGGGCAGGUGUCAUCGCCCUCUUCUGCCGCCAGUAUGACAUCAUCAAGGACAAUGAACCCAAUAACAACAAGGAAAAAACCAAGAGUGCAUCAGAAACCAGCACACCAGAGCACCAGGGCGGGGGGCUUCUCCGCAGCAAGGUGAGGGCAAGACUUGGGCCUGGGUGGGCCACCCUGUGCCUCAUGCUCUGGUAAUCCCUGGACUGCAGAGGGGGUCAGCUCGGGGACUGGCAUGGCAACAGCUGGGCAGAGCCAGACUUGGCUGCUGCCUGUGUGACACAGGGACACUGCAAGUUGAUUUUGGAUCCUCUCCUUUUGCAGGGUGCCAGGGGCCAGUGGUGAUUUGAAGAAAAAAAAAAAAAAAAGCAGUGAGUGGGGAGGGCAGAAUUCUUGGUUGGCGCGGGACAAUAGGAGUGGGGUGUCUGGCCCAUUCCUGCUCCUGCUGUGCCUUGUGACCUUGGGCAGGUGCUUUACCGCUGUACCUUCAUUUCCUCUUCUGUAAAACAGAUAUGAAAACCUUUUCAGUGCUUGCCCUCAGCGGCUAAGAAGACAGACAGUAGAGAAUGUGAGAGGAUCUCAUGGUUCUGAUGAUGAUUAUCCAACAAACAUCUGGCCCUCUCUACAUCUCUUCCCUCCAUCUCCUUGUACCCUCUGGCUUACUGUCCUCUCUCUGGCGCACUUUCCUGAAGCCUCUUAUUAACCCCCAUCUCCAGAAGCACCUCAACAAUGUCAGUGGCUGAGGCUGCACUCAGAGGGAUGACUCCUGGGGGUAGACUGGGUGCCAGGGGCCAUGGGCCCAGGACCCAGUCUUGGCCAUUCAGUUGAGUGAGGCUGAAGGCUGGGUUUGAAAAGGCAAAAAGACAAGACAUCCAGGCAGGGCUUCUCUUUUCUUUCCACAAGGGACAAGAGCUUGGCUUAUUUAGGCUACAGCCCUGCUGCUGCUCCCUUCCUUCUUCUGUCCUGUUUCCAGCCUUGCAAGAAGGCUAUUCACAAUUAGGCCUGGCUGCUUCUCUCAUUUUUUUCCUCCCAGUUUCCAAACAAGCCCUCAGUGAACAUCAUUGAAGCGUGACUGCCUGUCUGCAGGGAGAAGGAUUCCAUUUUUCUUCUCAGCUGGUCCCCAGGCCCAAGGGCACAGGGAGAGGGACAACUGCAGCAGUGGGGAGGAGGCACAGCUAGCUGCACAGUUCUCUCUUCUCCUUGUCCUAGUCAGAUGAAGGAGGCUGAACUACAAACCCAAAUUCUGCAAAAAAAUAAAAAUAAGCCACAAAACUAAAAGGCCUGGCCCCAUUCUGGAAAAGGCAAAGCUGCAUGAGACACAGCCUUCUGCCUCCUCGCCUCUCCUGGACUGGCUUCCUCUUUGAGAAAAUGCACAAAGCCCUGGGAGAUGACAAGCACAAGGACUGACUCAAGCUGUGUCUUUCAGACCAAGGAACAUCAGAGAAGCUGUGGGGCUGCCUGCCAGGCAGGAGCAUGGCUGCCAUCAAGCCUUUUCUGGAUCCAGCCAUCAAGGACAUGUUUGUGGUGUGAUGCACACUUUUGCAAGCGUGUAAGAUGUUACCUGAUUUGUCUCUUUUGGAAAACAAAAAUCAGAAGGCCACAUUCUAGAGGGCAGAGAAAUUCCCCCGAAGACUGAGCUGGUUGCCUGCAUCCUCUAUCUUCUUUGACCCUUAUGACUGAAAGAUCAUCAGUUUGGAAGGUACUGGUCCAAUUUAUUUAGGAAGUAUCUCUUGGAGUUUCAGAAAUGAUAGCUUGGACAACUGAAAAGUCACAUCACAGCUGGCAUUCUGGGGGCUACCAAAACACCCCUUCUGGAGUAGAAGCUGCUGGAAGGCAGGCCUGAGCCAUUCACCACGAACAGGAAGAGCAGCCCUGGCUAUCACCACUGGCCUCUGGGGUCUUCAUAUCUUGCCAUCUCAUCCAGGGUUCCAUGAAAGUUACCCAGGGUCCUCAUGUCCUUCCUUAGAGCCUGAGUGGUGUGAGGUGACAGCUCUCUCUCCACUGCCCCUUUCUGGUUUAAAAAAAUGGUGCUUGAUGAGGGAAGGUAGACUCUUCCCUAGGACUGAUGAGUUACGGCUGCCAGAUGCCUGCAUGGGAAGAGGUGGACCUCUGCAUCUUCCAUUGGUGGCCAAGGAUGGGUGCGGGAGAACCACACCUAGUGCAAGCCUGGUACUCAGUAAAUAUUUGUUGAAAUGAAUGAUAACAGCAUUGGUCCCCAAGCCAGAGAGCCAGAAGCCAUCACCCAAUGACCGCCCCUUCCUUCCGGUCUACAAGAGCUCUCAAGGCUGGGUCUGCCACCACUCUGCUUUGCCCAAGUGUGGCAGCACUGGGGAGGAGAGACAGGAUAAAGGGCAGAUGUCAGCAAUACUAAGGGCUUCCUCAUGGGAGGGCAUGAGGCUCCACUCAUUGUCUUGUGACUUCCAUCCCUGCUGAAUGGGGCUGCAAGGCCAAGGCUCCUUAGGGGAGAGGUCCUUACCUCUGAUCCACUUAGAGCAAUAACCACUUUUUAAAUGUAAAAUAAAAAGACAAAUGAAAAGGCA